AACGGUAACUUGAUCGAUUUCGUUCUAAUAAAAACAGUUUACGUAUUUGUGGCUUCGCAAGAAUAAAAAGAAAUAGUUUUGUACACAAUUUUUUUUGUUGAAUUGCUCGAAUAUUCCUUGAAAUAAUAUGAACACACCCGUUUUUGAGGGAUCUAGUACAGAAAACUCAACAAAUGAGGAAACAAUUUGCCAUAUAACUUCUGAAAGCAGAGAUGAAAUCGAAACGCUUUUUAGAGUAUACUGUACAAAGAUAAACGAAAAAGACGAAGAGCAAAAAACUAGAGAGGAUCAAAAUUUAUUAAAAGAACUAAAAAUAAAACUUGAAGAAUUUUCUACUUCCGAGAGUAAAAACAAUGAAUAUUCUCGUCAAUUAAAAGACUUGAUACAACUCGUUACUAAAUUAGAAAUAGAAAAUGACAAAAGAUUCGUUGAAAUAAUCGCAUUAAGGCAAACCUUAGCAAAAAAAGAGGAAAGUUUACAAACUUUAAGCCAGAGUUCUAAACAAAAGACCAGUUGCUUGGAAGCAAUUAAUAGUAAUCUAACAGAAAUUAUAAAACAAAAAGACCAAAAAAUCACAGAAACUAACGCUUUGAACGAGAAGCUAGACGUUUUAAACAAGAAACUGAAAACUGAAAUAAAAGAAAAAAUUACAGAAACUAACCUUUUAAACGAGAAGUUAAACGCAUUAAACGAGAAGCUAAACACUCAAAUAAACGAAAAAAAUCUUGAAAUCAGAAAAAAUGAAAAUGAAAACCUAAUAAAAACAGAAGAAAUAAAUUUACAAAAAAAAGAAAAUGUAGAAAUAGAGAAAACGAAAAUAACAACAGAAAAAAAUUUAACGCAAAAAACAACAUCAAAUGACAGCUUUAAAAAAGAAACUCUUCAUUCUUCAAAAAAUGGAAUUCUUUCAAAACAAAAUAUUAAUAAAAAACCGGAUCUUCCUAAAAAAGAAUCAACAAAACCUGUAAUAAGCACUAAUCCAAUUAGCAAACCAGCUGCAAGUGGUAAAUCAGCAACAAGCGUUAACACAAGCACUAAACUAAAUAAUAAAUCAGCAACAAGUACUAACACAACCAACCAAUCAUUAACGAAUCUUAACACAAACAGUAAAUCAACAGUUGUCAACUUAAACAAAAAAUCAGUAACAGACGCAAAUAAUAAGUCAAGUAGAAAAUCGAUCCCUGAAUUAACAUUAAAACCAAAACCAAAAACAAUUGACGAAUUGACAGCAGAACUGGACUCAGAAAAAAAAAAGGUUGUUGAAGUUGAAUCCAGAAUGCGCCAGGAAAAAGAUGAACAUACAAGCGAAAUAAAUUUGCUUAAAUCAAAAAUUGAAAAACAAGAUAUAACUUUAUUAGAAUUAAAUAAUAACUUAAGUGAACUUAUAACCGUACACGAUAAACUUCAAGCGGAACAUUCUAAUAACUUGAAGAGUUUUGAAACAAUGUUCGAAAGUGAAAAAUUGUUGCACGCUCAGCUUCAAGAGACCAUUUGUGAGCGGAAUAGAGAAAUAGAAAACUUAACAAAGAAGUAUCAAAAAGAAAUUGGAGAACUAACAGCCGAAUUGAAUUCAAUUAAAUCUGAACUCAUUGAAAACAAAUUAAAAUUAGAUAUUAUCGAAUCAAAGUUAGUUUUUAAGGAAGAGCAAAUACGCGUACUUGAAGAAGAAGUUGAAAAACUUCACAAGGAAGAUAAAGAACCCGAAGAUAUCAUGUGUAAAAGCGAAAUUAUUAUUAACACCGAAGUGACAAACGUAGAAGUGACGGAAAUAGAAUGCAAAAAAAACGCUGAUGAGUCUUUGGAAGAAAAGAGCAAAGAAAAAAUUAACACUAGCGAGUCAUUAGAAGUAGAAAGCCAUUCAUUAAAUAACUUAGAGGAACAUAUAACGCCUGUCAAAGAAAAUUCUAUGGUAAUUAAAAAUUGCGAAAUAGAAACAAACAAUAAUAGUUCGCAAAAUGAAGAUUUUCUUUGGAAAGAGAUCAUGUAUGAAAAUACUAUAUCAAAGCUUAAGAAAGAACUCGUUGAUGUUAGUAUGCGAUUAAAACAUCAGGAAUCAAAGUUGGAAAACGCCCAAGUUCAGCUCGAUUGUCAAAUGCAAAUAACGGAGUUUGUUAGACGUUCAUUAUUAGUAGAACUAGAAAAAAAAACGACUAAUAAAGAAACAACGCAAAUUCUUCUUUAUCUCUCGGAAAAGCUUAACAGACUAAUCCAAGAUAAAAAAAACUCAACAACAUCUGUUGCAGAAACAUAUAUUUCAACACACGACUCAAUCAAUUUACGUUGUUAUGAAUAUUCUUGUGACAAUAAGCAGAGCAGUAUUAACGAACAAGAUAACUUAAAAGACAGUCAAUACUAUAAAAAAAAACAUAUAGAAAAUUUGCAACGUAAAGUAAACUUUAAAAUAAGAAGCUGGAUGCAAAAUAAACUUAGCCAAAGUUUACACUCGGAAAGUUUUUGCCAUGCAGGCGAGAGCGCGCUUUCACCUCCAUUAUCUAAUCAAAUAAGACAGGAGGACUCUAGAUUUUCAAAAGUUUUAGAAACCCGAGAUAGUUUCCAAGAUUCUGGAUAUAUGGAAAACAACGAAACUGUAGAAAACCUUAUUCAGCAAGUUCAGAACCAAACAUUACUGUUAAAAAAUGAAGGGGUUUCAAUACCGAACCAAUGGUUCCAAGAAGUAAGAAAAUGGGAGGAAAAAACGUUGGGAGAAGUUAAUCGCCUAAAAUUUUCAGAGCAGGAAGAACAGAAUAUAAAAAGCGAAAAAAACUUUAAGUCCAUAGUUUAUAGACCUAGUAACGCAGAUGUAUCGUCUAUUAUCAAUAAGGUAAACCAAGAGUUCGCUCGCUCACAAAGAAUGUGGUCAUCCGAUUAAAAAUAUACAUUGUAUAAAAAUUUUUUAUCACAACAAUAAAUAAGUUGUAUAUA